AUGCCAGGUUCUUCUAGCGUCGCCACCAUGAAAAAGGUAGUUCAGCAACUGGGGCUCAGCCGUGUGAAGGUUUCCCGGGCAGCUGCAGACUUGAAACAGUCCAAGUUUCAGAGUGAUUGGCAUGGCCCACUGCUCACUGGAGUAUCUUCAAGUACAAGUUCUUUCAGACCCCAGAAAGUCUGCCCUUUUUUGAAGUCAUAUAUCUUCUGGAUUCUCAAACCACUUUUUGUGAACCAGUGGAUAUUUUCAAGAGAACUAAAAAGUCUGUACAAAAGCUUCUAUAUAACAUGUGCUGUAAUAUACAAUCCUCUGCUUGUCAGCCCUGAACAUCUGUCUCUGAAUUUUCAUGGAUUUCUGUUUCACAAGAUUUAA